GAUGCUCGGUAUUGUAUUUCUCAGCGUCUGAGGUCAUUCUGACGGGAUAUCAAAAUUGAGAAGUUUCUGUCACUCUGUAUCUUUGACGCAAAUUGUCAAAGGUUUGAAAGCAAUGGGCAGAAAGAAACUGCAAUGCAAAUGUAUGACGUGUUUGGUUAGUAGAUGAGACUGAAACAUAAACAAAAACACUUUCGAAGCGUUGUUAAGUGUCAGGUGUAAAUUGGUUUCGUUUCGCAAUGACCAGCAGAUGAUAGAUCAACAUGUCUGUCAGCAGGUGACGACUUUGAUGGAAGAAAGAAUAUUUGAGUGUUUUUAUUAAGAGACAAGAAAUGUCACCGUAUUGAGCUAAUUGUACAUGAGAAAUCUGUAAUCUGGACGCUAUGGCAGAGAGGUGUUCUGUCAGAACCGGGCUGGCUGUGGGAUAGCAUCUGGAGGGGUCUGCACUUUGGUUUGCACCAAAGAUCCCCCUUCGUACCAGUUUGGAAGAAAUAGUGGUUAGAGCCCAAAUGACUCCAGCAAUCACUGUUCGCAGUGUCUACAUCCCUCCAGAUUUCCAUUUUCACAACAGACUUUCCAGCAACAUAUGCCAAUGCCUGUUCAUAAUCCAGGAGGCAAUAUUAUACACUACCCGACAGCACCACUGUGGCAACAGCAGCAGCAGCAGCAGCAGCAGCAUCAUCAUCGUCAUCUUCAACAACAACAACAACAACAACAACAACAACAACAACUUUUGGAAGACCAAAAGCAUAGGGAAUACCUUAAACAACAGCAGAAACUGAGGCUUAUUAGUUCUUCAGCCAACAAGGCUGUAAGUGCUGACAAACUCAUCGAAAAUCUGUUGGAAAAGAAAGAAACAUUCCAGCUGAAGUCAAAUACAAGUGCCAAUGCUUCUCAUGUUCAGGUGCCAGUACUUCCAGCUGGUGUUGCUGGUACAUCAUCUCUGCCAGCAAAUUAUGUAGCCGGAAUAUCAACAACACACAAUGUGUCUGUGGCAUCACAGCCAGUCCAUGACAGACAGAAGCUUCCCACUUGGUUGACAGCGUGUUCAAACAGCCUGCCUCCUAUCUACAGCCAUGUGUGGUCACUUGUUUUGGGACCAAAUGGCCUGGCAGAUACUGGUCGACUGUUCCCAGUUCUUAUAACCAGUGGUUUAACUGCUGAUGUUUUGGGCCAUAUCUGGAGUUUAGCUAAUAAAGAGGUACCUGGACAACUCACAGAACUGGAGCUGUACACUGUACUUGCUCUGAUUGCUCUUGCACAGAAUGGAUGCCCGUUCAGCAGUCUUGGUGUAUUGAAUCUCAUACCUCAGGCACCUGUUCCUAACCUGAAUGUUGGUGUUGUGCGCCAAGCAACGGUUGCAGUGGAUUUGCAGUUACCUGGUUCCCAUAGCAAAAUGAAAAGAGAAGAACUGAAUUUGAAAUUAAAUUCUGAGCAUGAUAAUUCAUCACCAAGCUGUAUUGCAAAGGAGACAAAAACUGGAAAUGAAGACUCUGUUGAUGACUUCACUGAUUUCCAGAGUUUUACUGUGGGAACAUCUGUAACUGAAAGAGUUGUUAAUCCUGAUGCAAACAACUCAGAUAAGUUGAGAUAUAAUUCACCUCCCAGUAACAGUUCAGUCCAGAAGAACCAUAGCCUUGAUACAGAAAGCAUAACUCACAAAUGUCCAAAUGUGAUCAUAGUUGGAAAUACAAGUCAUUCACGAGGUAUUGGUAGCAGACUUGCCAAUCAUUCUCUUGGCACUCCAAAACAAACCAAAAUGCGACAUAAACAUCACCAUCACCACCACCAUCAUAGUCACAAAAACAACCAGCUUCCCAUGAAUUCUGUGUCUCCAGCAGCAGAAGAUGAAUUUACUGAUUUCCAACAGGCUGAAACUUCUCUGGCAGAGAAUAAUGUGGAGAAUUUGUCUUCAGGCACUACUUCAACCACUUCUCCGAGUGGUACAUAUGUGCUGAAAGAAAGUGCUAUAAGAGCAGGCAAAAAAUUAACUUCUGUGAUUAGCAGACUGGAAAGUUCAAAUGAAGUCUUAAGAGACAGAUCAAAGGAGCUUGUUACCUCUGCUUCAGGUACUAAUACUACAUCACCAAAUUACAGUGUUGUUAACACCCACAAUACAAAACAAGAUUUGGAGAAGCCAGUAGUUCAUCAAAAUAUGCAACAUGAGGAACAUUCUGUUAAGGAUAUGGCUAAAAAAGUUAAUAAUGUGAGUGAACUGAUGGCAGUUGAAGAAGAUAAAUACAGUGCACUCCGAGAACUAUCAACAGUAGAAAGAGAAUCACCACUCUUAAAUAACACUGGCAGUCUGGACUUGGCUGAUGAUUUUGGAGACUUUGUUACAGCAGAAGUGUCAAGUGAUGACUCUUUUGCUGCCAUUUCUUCAAGAGAUAGUAGUGGAGUAAACAAAGUACCACUUACUCCUCCAUCUGUAUUUAAUGCUUCUCAGACUGCAGAGUUUCCAGUGGAUUGGACAGCUUUUCACAGUUCAGAUCACACAGUUUCUAAAGCUGCUUCUGCUGUUCAAAGUAAAUGUGCUAGUGGUGCUAUGGAUAACAUUUUUAAUUCUCUGCAUACUGCACCGUGCAGUACAGAGGAAUUACACCUUGUGGAUACUCCAGUUUCAGUGAAGUGUUCAAGCUCUGGCCUCAGUGAAAUAGAUAUUUUUUCACCACUUAAAAAGUUAAGUUUAAAUACCAAUUGCAGUACUGCAGAAGAGAAAGUGUUAAGUGUGAGCAGUGAUCUCAAGAUCGAUGGAAAACAGUGCGAUACUAAUGACAAAUCAUUUCUCGAUUGCUUCAGCAUUAUCAAUAGCAAAGACAAUCCAUCAAAGGGAGCAUCACUGUCUGUGUUUGAUGAACCUACCAGAACAGAUAUUUUGUGCAGUGAAACAGUAGAAGAUGAAUUUGGUGACUUUGUUGGUACUGAUGUUCGUUCUGGAGAGCCAAGCAGUUGUGUGAGCAAAGAAUUCCCUUCUGACAAUCAGCCAUCUGCAGUAACCAAGGAUAUUUUAUAUGACACACAUUCUGUAAGCAGCUUGGAAUUUCCUACUUUCUCUCUUAGUAGACAUGGAUCACUACCAAGCUUGGACCUUAAAGUAUAUCCCUCAGGAUCUGAGCAACCUGGUGCUUCUCAUUCACAAAAUGUGUCACCACAGGCAGUGGAACACCAAGUCACUGAAUGGUGUCGAUGUGUACAGAGCUGUCUGAGUCUUCUCCAGGCAGCCCUAAAUUUAUUUUCUUCAGUCACAUCUGAAGAAGUGUUAGAAGAAGUGCUACACAUUGGUGAAGGGAAAGAUUAUCUAAACAAUCUGUUGGAGGUAUAUGGUGUCUGUCAGAGGGUGAAGCAUGCCUUUAAACUUACAUCUGCUGAAUCAAAGAAGCUGGAAUCUCUGUUUUGUGAAGUUGACCAAGUUUGGGAUGGUCUUCAUGUAUAUUAUUACAAGGCUGAUAUCUCGGUCCAUCGGGAACUGCCAUCUUUAGAUUUCGCUGAUAAUCCUGUUUGUGGUAUAUGUCUCACAGCCAUGGAGGGAGGGAGUGGCAAUACAAGUGCUCUCGAAUAUGGAGGUCAGCUCUACCAUGCAGCAUGUGCCAAUCUAUGGGUCAAUUGUGUGGAGUGUAGUUUGCCCUGCUUGGCAAACUCAUUGCUGUGAACACACAAUUCCCUGAGAUGUUUAAAGGCAUCAGUAUUAUUUAUGUUUAAUGAAAAUAGUUUCUGUUUUGUCAAAAGCUGUACUUAACCUAUUGUGAUUGUUUACUUUAUUCUGUGAAAUGUGUAGCCAUGUAUAAUUUCACAUAAAUUUGUGAGUUGACGCCACAUAUCUGCAAAGACUUUUUCACCUAGUCAUGUAGACAAUAUACUGUGAUGAGUUAUAAUAAUCAGGUUCUGGAGACAAUAUAUUAUCAUAGUAAUUACUCCUAUAAGGGAGUGCAGCAUAUGAAUGAAGUGAGUACUCAGUGCUGUUUUUGUAUUCUGGAGGAAUGUGGCACAUGGUACUAUUAUGCCAAAAAUGAGUAAUCUUCACUGUAGAUAGGUGAUUUAAUUUCUGACUAGAAGAAGGUGAAAGAUCAGUUUGAGAUUCAGUGAAAUUGUUGAUAGUUUCUGAAAUAUUUAUUUUUGUAGUGUUAGUGCUAAUUAUUGGCUCUAAAACUUCAUCAGCUGUUAUCACUUUUAGGUGUGACUAUUCAUGAAAGGAGAAUGAACCUUCCAUAAUUUUGCUCUGUUCAUCUGCUGUUCUUAGGAGUCAUCACAAAUUAACGGUCCUGAGAAACUGAUGGUGCAGUAAUGAAAACUUUACUUUUCACAUCAACAAACAGUAAAAUCAUGUGAUCAAUUUCUUAUCUCUCAAAGUUGUGUCUGCAUUUUUUCCCUUCUCAAUUAAUACAUUAUAUCUAUUUAUUUUAUGAAUGAUGGUAACAUUUGCAAGUUGUGUAGAUGUCUAGUGCAACAUAAAUUGAUUUUGUUAAAGAUAUGUUGUCGGUAAGGAAAAUAUGAGUACGAAGAACAUGAUUUUUGUUGUCCAUUAUAUUAAAGAUAGCUUAUCAGAAAGACUUAUUAGUUUUUGAAAGUCAGCUACACAGAGUUACUCAAAAGUACCUCCAGGGUUUCAGUAGAUGGCGUUGUGGAAACUACAAAACAUACAGAUAAUAGAUACACAUCAGUGGAUAGAGCAUCUCUCCAAGUUCUUAACUCACAUUACAGGUGCUCAAUAUAGGCAUCAUUUGUGGUACAACAAAUAGCAAUGUGAGUGGAAGGGCACGUGCAAGCAAUUAAUUGAAGUUGCUACUGCCCAGGAAGGCAUGACGACAGCAGCCCACUUCAGAAAUCCGUUCGCGAUGUUGCCUCCCUACAGGUGCAGACUAAUUCAGUGUGACAAUACGGAGCCCGUGAUUUGUAUUCAUGUUCUGACAAAGCUACCGUUAGUGGCUCUGCAAUCAAAUCUCAGCACAUAUUAUGAAUUUACAUUUGCAGAGAUGCUCUAUCCAUUGAUACGUGUUUAUUUUCAGUAUGUCUUGUAGUUUCCCACACAGCCAUUUUCUGUAGCCCUGGAGGUGCUUACAAAUAAACCUGUAUCAUAAAGAUCAUUUAUGAAUUUUGUAACAUUCAAAUUCGAAUAAAAAGUUUUGAACUUU